CAUUAAUGGCUCCAACCUUCUCUCUCCUCGUUUAUUUCUCUCUGAUCUUUGUCCUCUAUCAUCAUCAAACUGUCAAUGCCACUUACCGGCCUCAGGCCAUUGUCCUUCCGGUCACCAAAGAUCCAAAGACCCUGCAAUAUCUCACCCAAAUCAAACAAAGAACACCUCUCGUGCCCUUAAACCUUACUGUUGACCUCGGUGGCCAGUCCCUCUGGGUUGACUGCGACAAUGGCUACACCAGCUCCUCUUACCGUUCAGUCCGCUGCGGUUCAGCCCUCUGCAAGCUCUCUCUCUCCGGUGCAUGCGGGGAUUGCUUCGCCGCACCCAAACCGGGAUGUAACAAGAACACUUGCGGUGUCCUCGUCGAGAACUCAGUCACUCGCACCGCCACCAGCGGAGAGCUAGCCAAAGAUGUCGUCUCUGUUCAGUCCACCAACGGGAUUAACCCAGGCCCGUCGGUUCUAUCCUCAGCUCGAUUCCCUUUCACUUGUGGGUCCACUUCUCUCUUGAGUGGACUAGCCAAAGGAGUAAAGGGAAUGGUCGGGUUAGGAAGGACAAAUAUAUCGAUCCCGACCCAACUCGCCCUAGCGUUCCGUUUUCAUCGGACAUUCGCUAUGUGCCUAACCUCAACCGGAUCGAAAGGCGUCAUAUUUUUCGGACACAGCCCAUAUAGUUUUCUCCCGGGGAUCGAUGUCUCCAAGAGAUUAAUCUACACGCCUUUGAUUAUCAACCCGGUGAGUACCGCAGCCGCGUUCUUCGAAGGUAAUCCUUCAUCGGACUAUUUUAUCAGAGUCCUGUCUAUCAAGUUCAACGGACUUGAACUACCGAUCAACAAGAAUCUUUUUUCUAUCGACAAGGAAGGAAACGGAGGGACCAAGAUCAGCACGGUUACGCCUUACACGAUGCUAGAGACAUCGAUAUACAAGGCGGUGGCUGGCGGAUUCGGUCGGUUUGCGAAGGCGGCAAGAGUGAAGGCGGUUAAUCCAUUCUCGAUAUGCUACAACUCGAGCAUUCUAGGGAGCACGAGAGUCGGGGCAGCGGUGCCGCAGUUGGAGCUUCUGCUGGCUGGGAAUUCAAGUUGGUCAAUCUUCGGAGCCAAUUCGUUGGUGAACGUGAACGAUGAUGUUGCGUGUCUUGCAUUCAUGGAUGGAGGGUCAAAACCAAAGACGUCGAUCGUGAUUGGAGGGCAUCAGAUUGAGAACAAUCUGCUGCAGUUCGAUCUGGGGAAGUCGAGGCUUGGCUUCUCGUCUUCGUUGUUGUUUUAUCAAACGACUUGUGCUAACUUCAACUUUACCUCCACUGAUAACCCUUAAACAAGAACUGUGUUCCCAUUUCUUUGU